UAGUCCUUUUUUCUCCAGCCUCUCCCUCUCAUCCCUGCAGCAUUGUCUCAGUUCUUCAGUCUCUGACCUUCCACAGGGACCAUGCAAUCAUUUGUUAGCAGGUCAUAUCUGACCCCUGUCAGGGAUGAAGAAGCAGAAUCUCAGAGAAAAGCAAAAUCUCGCCAUGCGAGACAAACUCGCAGGUUAACACAGGGUAUGACUCUGACUGACCUGAAAGAGGCUCAGAAGAUCAGCAGCCUGGAAGAUAGAAAAAAUGAGGAUAGCAGCAGACUGGAGGACAGGUCCUGUCUGCGGAUGAGCUUAACAGAUGAUAGAAGAGUUCAGACUGGUGUGACAGAGUACACAGAAACAGCUGAUGUCAGUCUAAACUGGAGCCAAAUGGACAAGGAGGGUAACUUUGAAACCAGAUUAGAAAUCCUGCCUGACCUUCCACACUGGCCUUACUGCAACAGCUCCUUCAGAGUUGGUGAGAGAUGGCGGAGAGAUGAAAAUCAGAACGUUGCAGAUUCAGCACAGCUGACUUUUUCUGCUAAGCAUCAACAAAGACGGCCCUGCUUUGACACUGAAGGCUCAGACUACAUUGCAGAGCAUGACAGAGUGUCAAGAUUUGAUUCCAUUGGAGAGAGUGCUACAGACAAGUCACUGGGCCGCACCAGCUCAUACACGCGCAGAGAGGCAAGGCUGGCUGCACUGAAUAAACAGGAACAAGACUCCACUGCCAAAGACUAUAAGAAGAUGUAUGCAGAAGCUUUGCAUGAAAAUGCAAAACUCAAAUCCAGGUUGCAGGAGAGCAAACAAGAGCUAGCCAAGAUACGUUCCCAACUGGAGAAAGUCACUCAGAGACACGACACAAUAUCUGAAAGAUCUUCAGUACUUGAAUCAGAAAAAAGGGAAAAACAAACCCUUGAGAAAAGAGUGUCAGACAUGGAGGAUGAAUUAAAGGCUUUCCCUGCUCUGGCUCAGGUCCAGACCUUGCGAAGAGUCAACGAGUGUCUCCUGGCUGAAAAUAGAGCCAUGCUUCGCGUCCUCGCCCGCCUCUCUGAGACGGCCUCAAUGCCGGAGACAGAGGACCUCUGAUCCUCUGAGACCUUUCCCCCUUCCUCUUCUCCCCUUCCUCAGCCACAUAACUUCUACUUCUCUUUCCUUCUGGUGCCUCUACAGCCCCUUCAACCUCUGCUGUGUUCCUCUCAGGUCUUAACAGAGCUCAAGUCAGACAACCAGAGACUAAAGGAUGAAAAUGGUGCUCUCAUUCGAGUCAUCAGCAAACUGUCAAAAUGAAAAAGAUGUCCGAUGCUCCUCUUGUGUGUCUGUGGACGCUCCAAACCUGAAAUAGCGUUGUCAUUAUCCACAAGGUCCCAGGUUUUGACUCGUAUCUGAGUUACUGUAUGGUGACAGGCUAGUUUGGUUGCAUUUUCAGAAACAUCCUACUAAUUCCUGUUAGAACUUGUGAAGAUCCAAAGAGAAGUGUUAGCAAGCUUCAGUUAAUUUUACCAUUAUUAAAAUUAAAGUUUCAACUAUUUUUUUCCUUCAUCAUAUGUUGUUUGUUUUAGGAAUAUUUGUCACGUGUAUGAAAUAGGGACCAGGUGUACUGUUGACAUUUCAAAUCCAAACAAAUGCAUCAGAUUGCGUGAGGCUACUGUACCUAAUAAUAUGCCAUAUAACAUUUUGACACUUUUACUUAGGUUGUUACUUGUGCACUCCAUAAUCGCGUUUUAAUAUGUUUUUUAUUUGAAAGAGAAGACAGUCAUUGACGUAGACUGUUUGCAACUGUAGCUGUCUCCUUUAUUAUGAUGUGAGACGUUAAAGACGUUAAAAACUUAUCACAAAAACACUUUGACUUACUUUCACUCUAGGCUAAAGAUAGUGAAGCUUCAUAAAAUGCAUGUUUUGAGUUGUGUUUGCUUCGAUUGACAAUAUUCUCAGGUUUGUCACUCAGCCGUUGCUGCUCGCCACAGUUGAGUGCCUCGCAGAUGUGGAUUUCCUUGGAAAUCUGUGGGUGUUUUUCUACGGUUGCAGGGAUGCAUGAAUGUGAUGCACUUGACAAACCUUUGGAAAAACUAUCAUUCUAACAGGUCAGACACAAAUUUUAGUCCAAUUUUCAGCCUUUUGAAAAUUUGCUAAUAGACAUUUGAGUUUUAUUUAUCUAGUAUGCAAAAAAUGUAACAUGUAUAUGUGGGCUUGUUAAAGGAGACUGUACAAUAGGCCUGAAAGGCUACUUUGUGCAUGCACAUGUUAACAGUACUGCUGUCAUUAGCAGCCCUAUGACACAUUCAAAAUGGUACACUUUCUGAGAGGAGAUGAUAAUAAUGUUUGUCACAUUUUCCUUUUUUGUGUUUUCAGCUGCCCUGCUUUUUUAAAUGCAUGUUCUUCCUAGAGGAUAUUUUUAUCGAGCUACUAUCUCAUUUUGAAAACAAAUGAAUGCCUGAAGAGAGAGACACCGCGAGUGCAAAUGAAAAUGCCGUAUAUAUUGUGUUUUGUAAUAGAUAUAUAUUUAUUUAUUUAUGGAUGUGUUAGUUUUAAUCUUUAUAUUUUGCCUAGUCAGUUUUGUUUCAAAGGAGUACACUGAUUAUUUUUUAGCUGACCCGUUGGCCUUCCUGUCGUUAGGCGAUUAAAAUACAAAUACCAGAAUCGUGCACUUCCUUGUUAUCAUUGCUCUGUGAGCCUUCACAUCAAUUGGGUGGCCUUAAAAAUCAGCAAAAGACAGCGCUGUGAAAUAUAAACUGUUAUCAGCUCUUUUAUUCUGUGAUGAUUUCUCACAAUUUUAAUAGGUUUUCAGUUGUUCAAAGACUUUGUUGCCAAUUUAUAAGGCACACCAAGCUUCAGAGCAAUCCUAUACUGCAGGCCUUUGAACAAACCAGAACUUUACCAAGCUUCUGUUUUUGAUUUGGUUAUUUUUGUAGGCUAUAUUUACUAGUGCUAUGGCGAUUUAAUAUCUUUCAAUAUUAGUGAUAUCAUGUUUUUAUUAGUUGCAGUAGGAAGGGACUUCCUACUUGUAAUGGUUACUUAAGAACUGAACCCACAAUGCAAUAAAGUAUAGAGAUUGUGAGUUUGCCUUAAAAUAGGGUUUAAUACAUUAUGAUUUAUAAACUAAGCUCUGCAUUUCAGAUUAAUUUGCAUGAAAUCUCCUUCUGUGCUGUACGUGGUGUGAAAGACACAGCAAGGAUUUUGGUAUCUGUCUUCUUUUCACUUAAUGGUUAAGUUAACCAAGGUCCUCAGUGUUUAAUGUAUUCCUUAAACCAUGUGAUGGUUUUGGAGUCCAGCCAUGACACAUGCUGUAUUACCAGUGUUAUGUUUGCUCACAUCCAUUAAUUGAACUAUAAAUAAGCUACAGUAUGAUUCUGCUCUCUCUACAUGUGCUGUAGAUGUUCUGAUUUACGAGUGAUUGUAUAUUCAACAGUCUGAAAUGUGAGUGGUGGCUUAACACAGACACAUUGCUUAAUUCACUCUGCUUAAUAAAUGGUAAAAGGAU